GGGAUACAGGCGGAGAGAGGGGGCAGGCAGUGGAGACGUUUACACGGCCGAGAUUCUCUUUCUCGUACGGCUAGAAACGUGUAUAGUUCAUUUUUACACAAGGACUCGUGCAAACAAGUUAACUUUAACUUGUUAAAAAUGAGACUUUCACCCUUGCUGUUGUUUCCAGGGAUUUUUGUCUGUGCACUUUUCCCUCUAACAAACGGCGAAGAGCAGCGAAUCCCCGAAGAGAAACUUCUAGUUGUGACUGUUGCAACCAAAGAGACGGAUGGCUUCAAGCGUUUCUUUCACUCAGCUAAACAUUUCAACUACACUGUCAAGGUUCUUGGUGAGGGUGAGAAAUGGAACUCUGGCGACUACAUGUCAGCUCCAGGAGGAGGCCAGAAAGUACGACUCCUUAAAGCAGCUCUGGAGGAGAUGAAGGAUGAGGACAAAAUCAUCCUCUUCAUUGACAGCUAUGAUGUGGUUUUCGCCUCGGGCCCCAAAGAGCUGCUCAAGAAGUUCCAGCAGGCCAGACACAAGGUGGUGUUCUCCUCUGAGAGCCUGAUCUGGCCCGACAGACACCUGGAGGACAAACACCCCCACGUCGCCGAGGGCAACAGAUUCCUAGGCUCAGGAGGUUUCAUUGGCUACCUUCCCAACAUCAAAGAAAUGGUUGCUGACUGGACGGGAGAAGACAGUGACCAGCUGUUCUUCACCAAGAUUUACAUUGAUCCAGUUAAAAGGAAAUCCACAAAUAUCACUCUGGACAGCAAAUGCAGAUUGUUCCAGAACCUUCAUGGAGCCCUCGACGAGGUGGUGCUGAAGUUUGAGGACGGACGGGUACGAGCCAGGAAUAUGCUGUACGAUACGUUGCCUGUCAUCAUCCAUGGGAACGGACCAACCAAGCUCCAGAUCAACUACCUGGGUAACUACAUCCCCGACACGUGGACAUUUGAGACAGGAUGCACAGUGUGUCACGAGGAUCUCCACCCACUCUCAGCUCUUCAGGAGAGUGAAUACCCACUGGUGGUCUUUGGCAUCUUCAUUCAGCAGCCCACCCCUUUUGUGGCAGUGUUCUUUGAACGCCUACUGAAGCUCCAGUACCCCAAGAACAGAUUCAAACUCUUCAUCUACAACCAGGAAGCCCAUCAUGAGGGUCAGAUCAGCUCCUUUCUGAAGGAUCAUGGAAGCCUUUAUCAGGAUGUCAAGCUGGUCGGCCCUGAAGAGGAGAUGGACCAAGCGGCCUCCCGCAACCUGGGCCUUGAUAUGUGCCGGAAGGACAAGGACUGUGACUAUUUCUUCAUCUUGGACAUUGAAGUGGUCUUGGAGAACGAGAACACACUUAAAAUUCUUAUUGAACAAAACCUUCCUAUUGUGGCACCGAUGAUAACUCGCGUCGGUCGACUGUGGAGCAACUUCUGGGGAGCCCUCAGUGCAGACGGCUACUACGCCCGGUCUGAGGACUACGUGGACAUAGUCCAAGGACGCAGAGUUGGGGUGUGGAACGUCCCGUAUGUGUCCAGCGUGUACCUGGUGAAGGCCAGCCUCCUCCGAUCAGAGCUCUCAGACUACGAGCUGUUUACCUCAAACAUCUUAGACCCUGACAUGGCUUACUGCCACAACAUCCGCAGCAAGGGAAUCUUCAUGUAUGUAACCAACAUGCACACUUUCGGUCGCAUCCUGUCAACAGAAAACUAUCAGACGAGCCAUCUUCAUAAUGAUCUGUGGCAGAUCUUUGAAAACCCAGCGGACUGGCAGGAGCGCUACAUUCAUGAGAACUACACUCGCAUCAUGAAAGAUAAGCUGAUUGAAACUCCUUGUCCUGAUGUCUACUGGUUCCCAAUUUUCUCUGAUGUUGCUUGUAACCACAUUGUUGAAGAAAUGGAACAUAAUGGGAGGUGGUCAGGAGGAGCCAAUACGGACAAAAGAAUCCAAGGAGGCUAUGAGAACGUCCCCACGAUCGAUAUCCACAUGAAUCAGAUCAACUUUGAGAAGGAAUGGCAGAAGUUCUUACUGGAGUAUAUAGCACCGAUAACAGAGAAGAUGUAUCCUGGUUACUACACCAAGGCUCAGUUUGAAUUGGCCUUUGUAGUUAGAUAUAAGCCAGAUGAGCAGCCGUCUUUGAGACCACACCAUGACGCCUCCACAUUCACUAUAAACAUUGCACUCAAUCAACUGGGCGCUGAUUACCAGGGAGGUGGAUGCAGGUUCCUCCGCUAUGACUGCUCCAUUGAGGCUCCUCGUAAAGGCUGGACCAUCUUGCACCCGGGCCGUCUCACUCAUUACCACGAAGGCCUGCCCACCACCGCCGGCGUGCGGUACAUCGCAGUGUCAUUUGUGGAUCCCUGAACUCCCAAAGAUGGCACACAGCGCCGGCUAGUCCACAUCAAACAGGACACACACAAUGGCCGCCUCCUUCAGCUUCACAGCUGCUCUCUAUUUUCUGACUCGGAGCAGGUGACCGUUGCUCUUUUUCAUGAGUUAAUUUGCUUGUUUCUGUCUUACUUAAAGAAUUAUAUACAACUUAUUAGCAGUAGUGCUCUAUGAUAAACAGAAAAACACGGGCGCAUGAUUGAACAACAACAUAUAAUGUUAGAGGAGAACUGGGUCAAAAGUAUCACUUUCAAGCCUUCACAAAUAUUUGUGACCAUCACGUGUCGUCUUUAAAAUAUGCAUUAUGGGUACAAGUCCCGGGGGCCUCAGAUCUCUGAGGGUUUGAGAGGCUCAGGUUAACUGUGUGUUAGUUGGUGCAUCAUAUUGGACUAACUGGUUUGGGAAUGUGCACCACUUCAUCACAAUACCAGCUGAUAUGAUAAGACGGUGAUUCUUGUGAAGGGGUCCAUAAGGUGUGAAGUUAGAGAGAAGUGGUCUGACCAGACCUCUGCAGCCCGCUGCUCAUCUCUGCUGCUCCAGGCUGAAUUCACUAUAUUGUAUUACACCUCGUCUCUCAAGGAUUUCAAAUGUGAUUUACUUUUUUAGGACUAACACUAUUAUUUAAAUUGUAUUAUUUUCUUCCUUCAGUAGCUCUUUGUGCUUCAGCCUGACUAACAUGAAGUAGUCCACCUGCUCAUCUUAUUACCCAAACUCCUUGUUCUGGAUGUGUUACUUUAGUCCCAGUUCUAAACUAACUUGUUGGCAUUUGUUUUUUGUCUAUGAAUAACAAAGCGCUUCGUCCUCCUGUUGUAAAUAUGUUGCAACACAAGUUGUUCUCUUAGAUCUGUGUUCUCUGUGCAACAGUGUUCAUUUACAAACUGCCCUUCAGGCAUACGUUGUAGAAUACAUUGAAUAUUGAAAGGAAGCCAUAUUAUAUCACCACAUGUUUUAACAGACAGAGUGUGCAGGGCAGUAAACAAGAGGUUAUGCAAUUACAUUAUGGGAAGUGUAGGAUACAGUGUUUAGGAGCUUAACUGUAAUCAGUGUGGGCUGCUUCAGCUCUGACAGAGGUUGUAUUACCAGCUGCACCAGGGCCAGCACUCUCACCUAAUCUUAAGGCUCUGUCUCAAAGAGAGACUUCAUCAUCAUUCCA